ACGGCAGCUCUCGUCCCUCCCGGUGACCCUUGCUUCGCCGCCCUCCACCAGUGGCUCCGACACUCCACUCACUCCACCGGCAGCGUACUCGCCGCCCAGUUACUCUACCUUCACUCAUUCCACCCUGCAGAACAGCGACACGCCACCAUCUUCAUCCACCUCGCACACUCCACCCAACUGCUCGGACGCGCCCUCCUCACCCGCCAUCGCCCUCCACGGCGAGCCGGCUCCUCCGCCGUCCGCCGCCCACUUGGCGAGUCCUCCGCCCUCUCCCUGCAUCCCCGCCUCCUGCCCCUCGUCGGAUGGCGCCAUCGGCUCGCAUUCGCCCUCGCAGCCCGCCUCAUCCGCCCAGCAGCCGCGCGAGGAGGAUGCGCUGCGGUUGCCCGAAGCUCCAACUGCGAUCGCGCCUCUGAAGGCGACAUCCUCCAUCGCUUCUCCACCUCCUUCUCCUCGCCCUCUUCCUUCUCCUCAACCCCCAGCUUCAUCUCACGGGAAAUUCAGUAUUAUCUUCGCACGUCCUCCAUAUUUCCUCCUUCUUUUUCCCGUCUCCGUCCACCUCUUCCUCGUUCACCGUACAACAUCUUAUCAAAUCCUCAAGCAGAUGUGAAGGAGAAUCAAGAAUAAUCAUCGAAGAGGAAAAGGAAAAAAAAUCAGCAGGUGAAGAAGAAAAGGGGAAAACAAAAGAUGCAGACAGACAAAAAAAGGAAGAAGAAGAGGAGGAUGAAGUGAUAUUCCUUAGUGACGAGAGCGAGACCCCAGAUCACGUCGAGACCAACAAGCCGGUGGUCGCCAGGUAACAGCCGGGUCAUUAAGCGGACAAGGAAUUUAGUCUUCGCGUCUUAUCGUAGAUUUUAUAUCAAGCCUUUCAUACCCAAAUACAUAUGUAUAUUAUAUAUUGUGUCGAUUUGGUCCCAUUUUAAGAGAAUUGGUUAAUAUAAGAUAGUAUACCCCUAGAGUUUCUCUAACGAAAAAAAUAAGGUACAUGUGAAGUUCCUUUCAAUUUUAUUCUGUAGAAACAUGCAGUAUAAAAUUUUAUUUGGCUAUGGGUAUGGAAGGACACAGUAGCUUUAUCAUUCCCUUCCAAGCUUUAAAUUAGAUUAGUAAAUGACUUUUUUGUUUUUUAUUAUUAGAUAUGGGAUGGCUUUUUUAGAAUGGUAUAUGACUGUAAAUAUGGGUUACAAGCGUUUAUAAUUUGGGUUGUUAUUGUUUUUUUAUUGGAUCGACUUUCGAAAUAUCAGGGUACCAGAAGCAAUAGGCGUUUGAUCUUUUUUUCUUCACAAGUGCAAUGCAAUGCAAGUCUGGCGGGAA